AUGGGUAAUGACUCUAGUCUUCUUGAUGAGCUUUUGUGUCGCCUCUCCUCCACUUUCAAAAUCCGGGAUUUAGGAAGCCCUACGUUCUUCCUCAGUAUUGAGACUAUCCCACUAGAUGGCGGCAUAUUACUGUCUCAACGCCGUUACAUGGAUGAUAUUCUCACUCGUGCUGUCAACAGACUCUGCCAGUUCAUGCGCACUCCUACUGAUGAACACUGGGCCAUGUUGAAGCGUGUUCUUCGUUACGUGAAGGGUACUCUCACACACGGCUUACGGUUGUCUGCGUCGUCUUCCUCUGAUGUCCAUGCUUAUUCAGACUCUGACUGGGCUGGCUGCCCUAUGGACAGGAAGUCAACCAGCGGCUAUGCAGUUUUUCUUGGAUCUAAUCUUGUUUCUUGGGUUUCUCGCAAGCAGCGGACUGUGGCUAGGUCAUCCACUGAGGCAGAGUACAAGGGCCUUGCUGACGUGGCUGCUGAAGUUACCUGGGUUAUGUCGCUUCUUCGGGAACUUGGGCUAAACUCGGGUAACCCGGCUACGUUAUGGUGCGAUAAUCUUGGGGCCACUUACAUGUGUGCCAACCCCGUGUUUCAUGCCAGGACUAAGCAUGUCGAGAUUGACUACCAUUUCGUUCGUGAUAAGGUUUCUACAGGAGAGUUCUUAGUCAACUUCGUCUCUACGAAGGAUCAACUUGCUGACAUCUUCACCAAGCCGCUGGCUUCUGCUCGUUUCAGCUCUUUGAGGGAAAAUCUCAAUGUUGUGUCUUCACCAUCUUCAGCUUGA